GUUAUGGCAGACGCGCUGCAUGCCGGGAGGCUGCAUUGUUCCAGCUGAUGCGGCACGGGGUCUCCCGGUCAGCAGGAGCAGGGAGCGGGGCCCAUGGCGUUCCCGGGGCCCGGGCGCCCGGUGUGUAGCGGGGUGUUCGGGGGCCUCAUCCAGCCGCCGCUGGCACAGAAGUUCUAUUGCCACCCCGGGGGCACCAGCGGGGCAUCUGUGCCAGCCUCCCCCCUUCCCCCACACCCUGAGCCCGAACCUGACAGACCCAUCGGAUACGGGGCCUUCGGGGUGGUCUGGUCAGUGACAGACCCUCGCGAUGGCAAACGCGUCGCCCUCAAGAAGAUGCCAAAUGUCUUCCAGAACCUGGUGUCUUGCAAGCGGGUCUUCAGGGAACUGAAAAUGCUCUGCUUCUUCAAACACGACAACGUCCUGUCUGCCCUGGAUAUCCUGCAGCCCCCUCAGAUUGAUUGCUUCGAAGAGAUAUAUGUGAUCACAGAGCUCAUGCAGACUGACCUGCACAAGGUGAUCGUGUCCCCACAGCCGCUCAGCGCCGACCAUAUCAAGGUCUUCCUGUACCAGAUUCUGCGAGGGCUGAAGUACUUGCACUCCGCUGGGAUCCUGCACAGAGACAUCAAGCCAGGAAACUUGCUGGUCAACAGCAACUGUGUGCUCAAGAUCUGUGACUUCGGUUUGGCUCGGGUAGAGGAACCGGACGAGUCUCAGCACAUGACCCAGGAAGUGGUGACCCAGUACUACCGGGCCCCGGAGAUCCUUAUGGGAAGCCGGCAUUACCAAAACGCCAUUGACAUCUGGUCCGUGGGCUGUAUCUUCGCUGAGCUGCUGGGGAGGAGGAUCCUGUUCCAGGCCCAAAGCCCCAUCCAACAGCUGGACCUGAUCACAGACCUCCUGGGAACGCCGCCUCUUACUGCCAUGCGGUCCGCCUGCGAGGGAGCCAGAGCCCACAUUCUACGAGGCCCCCACAAGCCGCCAUCUCUCUCUGUCCUGUAUAUGCUGUCUGGUGAAGCCACUCAUGAAGCCGUUCACCUCCUGUGCCGAAUGCUGCUGUUUGAUCCGGCAAAGAGGAUCUCGGCUAAGGAUGCCUUGGCCCACCCUUACCUGGAAGAAGGUCGUCUCCGUUACCACACAUGUAUGUGUCACUGCUGCUACUCCGUGUCGUCUGGCCGUGUCUACACCGCUGAUUUCGAGCCCACGGCCACCGACCGAUUCGAUGACUCGUAUGAGAAGAGCCUGACUUCCGUCUGGCAGGUCAAAGAGCUGGUUCAUCGCUUCAUCACAGACCAACAACAGGGAAAACGGCCCCCGCUGUGUAUAAACCCCCACUCUGCCGCGUUUAAAACCUUUAUCAGGUCCACGGCAUGGCAUUCCUCAAAAGUUUCCAAGAAAGAGGAAAGAUGAACAGAAUCCUCCUAAAGCUCUGGAUAUUGGGGACAAAGUCUGAGAAACCAGCUCCGGCUGUUAUCCGUUCACGGCAUGAAGUUACCCGACUGUCCUUCCACUGCUGUACAUGAGAUAGUCCCUACCCCCUGUACUCUUGCUCAUUCCUUGCCUCUCCCCUUUUACGUUCCUCCUAUUUCUCUCUCUGUACCGCUUCGUAAUGCUCUGGUUAAGGACUGUACAUUUUUAUUUCCAGAAUCCUGUGCCCCCUCCCCCAAUGGGGGGGGUGAUAAGGUGGCAGUGAUUGGCCGAGGGACGUCAUUAUGGAUAAAGGACGCUGUAAAUAUUUUCUAUACAGAGAUUCCUCUGCCUUGUCCAGCUAACCCCUCCCACUAUCACUGCCUCACAGGAGCCUCGCCUACCUUGGCUCCACCCCUGACCGAUAGCGGGUGUGCUACUUUUGUAGCGUUUUAUCGUGGUGUUUGCUAUACACAGCCAAAAUGUCACUACUUUCCAGAGGGGAGGUGUGCUCCGACCCACAGAUCCGUCUAAUGCAUCACUUCCUGUAUGUUGUGUUUUUAACCUCCUUCUUUUUUAAUUUUUAUUUUAUUUUUCGCUGUGUAAAGUGUCUUUGUGCUUGUUCAGCCAGUAACUAGGAUCCGGGCAAAUUAAUAGGCUUGGACGUUGGUUACCGACGCUACAGGUCCACUCUGGAGCAGUGCACUUUGGGAAGAGAUUGGUGUUGGAGAAUAAGUGGCAGCCUGCCCCCUGUGUGACCUGGCAGGGCAAGCCUUGUGAUUGGACCCCCAUCCUAUACCUCCCCUCCAGUCACCGUUUCCCAAUUUCCUUUUAGAUAGACAGUGUCCCAAUGGACUCUGUUGUAAUGGCAGUUAGAGGAGUGACCUUUUUUUUCAUUGGCUGGGACCUCUGGCUUGCAUGACUUGGCUGGCAGUUGGAUCCGGCAAUCGUUUCAGAUGAAGGCUGCCAAAUUGUGCAGGUUUAAUGAUCCGACCACCUGUCCAUAUAUUACAGACCAUGUUUGACUGCUGUCCGGGCUGCGCAGUGGGCGUGGGUUUCUCCCUCUGUGGCAAGACUGCCGUCUUGUGGUCAUUGGGUGAUUUUUAUAUAUAUUUUUGACUUCACAAUUCCUGGUAUCGCUGCUAUUUCUGUGGUCAGUGGGGUGAUGGGACAAUGGAGGAUUUUAAAUCCUGUACAAUGCAAUUGAUUGCACAUCAGAAAGGUUCAAAAUGAUUGCCAUCUAGUGGACACCGAACAAUAUUGCAGUGAGGGCACCCCCCCCCCCCUCCUUAUAAUGGUGUUGCCUCCAGUAGACACUGAAUGGUGUUGAAGCAAAGGGCAUCACCUUCCUAUAAUGCUGCUGUUUCCCAUCUAAUAGACACUGAAGGGAUUUGCAUUAGAAGACCAUGCCCCCCACUUUAUGGUGGUUUGUUGCCAUCUUGGUGGACACCGAGUGCUAUUGCAGUAGAGGGCAUUCCCCUCCCUAUAAUGCUGUUGAUUGCCAGCUAGUGGACACUGAACAGCCUUGCAGUAGAGGCAUAACCUUCCUAAUAUGCCACCUAAAGGUAACUGAGGUAGAGGCCAUCUUCCUAAUAUGCCAUCUAAAGGCUACCGAAUGGCAUUGCAGUUGAGGGUAUUGCCUCCCUAUAAUGCCGUUUUUGGUUGCCAUCUAGUGGACAUUGAAUAAUUUUGCAUUA